AAGCCACUUGUCCGGCGCGCGCCCGCGCCACUCGGCCAGUAGUGCAAUAACGUCGCACGUCUCGCGGUCGCGCACCAGCGAACAACAACCAAAACAUCAUUCACAAACGCAAUCGGUGAAAAUCCAUAGCUUCAAACAACAACUUCUCGCGCAAAUCCGUUAAGUGUGCUUUGCAGAGUUCGUGUUUAGCUCGGUGUGUGGCGCUAGUGUUUGUUGUUCGGUUGCCAUCGUUACCGCGCACUUGUUGCUGCGGCGCUGGUAUUGUUGAUUGUUGUUUGUUACUUGAGCAUGGUGGACAGCGGUUUCGGCGGCGACACGCGGCGCGAGCGCGUCGUCACCGUAUAACGUGCUAAGUGGCCUUCGCCACCGACCACUGCGCGGGCUCUCCACAGUCGAGUUUGGUGCUGCUGGCGUGUGUGCAUGUGUGUCUGUGCGCCGUGUGUGUUGACAUUGAAGGUCGGUCGGCCGGCGCGCGCGUGCUCUCUCGCUCCCGCUCCGAGAAGACAACCGCAGGAGGCCAGCGGAGGUCAAAUUUUCAUUGGAUUUUUCUGCUGGAAAUUUAAUUAUAAAGUGUGCGACUCAAUGACAUCGUGAAUGGUAAACCAAUAGAGUCAGAAAACCGUGCGAUUUUCACUUCAAUUCGAGCCACCAGCUGAACAGCCCCAUCCUUCAAAAUGGGUCGCAAAAAAAUCCAGAUAUCACGGAUCACGGACGAGCGGAAUCGCCAGGUCACAUUCAAUAAGCGGAAGUUCGGCGUGAUGAAGAAGGCCUACGAGCUCUCCGUCCUCUGCGACUGCGAGAUCGCCCUCAUCAUCUUCAGCUCCAGCAACAAGCUCUACCAGUACGCCAGUACUGAUAUGGAUAAGGUGCUGCUCAAGUACACCGAGUACAACGAGCCGCACGAGUCGCUCACCAACAAGAACAUCAUCGAGGCACUUAAUAAGAAGGAGCAUAAGAACGGAGUGAUGAGCCCGGACAGUCCCGAACCGGAAACAGAGUACCAACUGACGCCGCGCACAGAGGCCAAGUACACCAAGAUCGACGAGGAGUUUCAGAUGAUGAUUCAGAGGAAUCAGAUGAAUGGUCAAUCUAGAGGAAGUAUGAGUGGAAAUUACACGCAAGCAGUGACAGGUCCCGGAAUCUACGGUGACGCAGUGUUGCUACAGUCUAGUCCCCAGAUGGCGCACACCAGCAUUAGUCCACGUCCUUCCUCUUCGGAAACAGAUUCGGUCUACCCCAGCGGCGCAAUGUUGGAGAUGUCCAACGGUUAUCCCAACUCUGCAUCACCCAUGGGUGGAUCCCCAUCACCUGGUCCCUCCCCAGGACCAGGAAUGGGUGGUGGGGGUGGAUCUGCAAAACACCUCAAGCAACACUCGCCCACGCCUAGAUCCAAUCUCCGUGUGGUCAUACCCAACAACCUGGCAGACGACAUACACUACGGCGAAUAUGUCUCGCUGCAGAACACGAGCCUGUAUCCACCGCUCGGAGGCUUCGCUCCGCAAGACUUCAGUACUGGUCUCGUUGGACAGGACAUCACGCUCAAUCAGAUCACGUGGUCCGGCCAUCAGAUACCUCCCUCACUGGGGCAUGGUCCAGGAGGCGGUGGGUUACCGCACCUUGCAGUCUCCAGCAGUACUCCUCCGCCUUCCUCUUCGUCACCUCACCCUGUUAAGAUAAAGAGUGAACCGCUGUCACCACCACGAGGAGGUGGCGGUGGAGGUGGAGGGAGUGACCAUCACCUGCAUCACUCGCUCAACUCCACCCUCAAUCUAGCGCCGCACGCCCAUCAGCGACCCAGCUCCGCUGGUCAGCUGACGCCCACGCACACACAUGGUAGUGUCACGCCGACCAACAUGCCCUCACCGGGUGGCCCGCCUCCUAAUUCGGACUACGAUACUGGGCCGAUGCUGAAACGGUCGCGUCUUAGCGAGUGGAACUCGUAGGCAAGGACCAGCUAUGCCACUCCUUCGAUUAUAACCAAUCGUUACUGAGGGAGGAGCGCUUGUUUGAGAAACACUGACACAGUGCCAUAGUGAUAGUUCGUUUGCUAUUGCCAAUUCUGUCAUCCACCAAAUUGUGAUAAACUUCGAGUCCUCACAAAGCAGGAGAUGGAGACGACGCGUGAACUUUGACAGUCAGUGAGUGCGCGUUUGCUGUUUUCCGAGUGUCGUGCAUCCAACACAAGAGGAGAUAUGAUAUGCAUGCGCGACACUUUAUCUACACACAUAUUAUCAUAGUGCCAUUAUUUUCUUGUAAAACUCGGAUCGUCGUAGUAAUUACGUCUUUUUUAAAACAUGGCGCCCGAUGAGGAUCAUAACUAACCGCCCCCGCGCGGGACGCCGCAACCACACACACUUAUUAUGUAUUUAUAUAUUAUUAUUGUAUAUCACUUGUUAAUUUAGUCGCGAAUUCGAGAAAUUCAAGAGUCACUAACAGAAAUCUUUAUCGAGUACAAGAGAGAGAAACAUAUAGAGGUAUUUAUAGAAAGAUGGCGGAUCUUUUUUAGAGUUAUAACGCAAGUAAACACGAUGACUACGUGAGAAUAACUCCUGUCCAUUGGCUGUUCGCACGUGCAACAUAAAAACAAAACACUCACUCGUCGAUGUUCUUAAAUGUGCUGCUUCCCUUUCGCCGAAGAGAGAAAUAGAGAGAGAAAGAAAGCUGAAAGUAAAAAAAAAGGAACCUAGCGUGUGUUCAUUGUCGUACCACUCGUACCCUCUAUCGCACGUAGCCAUAUUGGAAAAAACAAACACGAAACAAUACGUAUAUCGACGACUGGAGGCGAAUUAACCUAAAAAAAAAGUAACAAAUGACGCGAUAUAUUAUACAUAAUUAUAUACAUGCAUAUAUAUUUUAUCUACUGUUGUGUGCACGUACCUUGCACAUAGAUUUUAAAGUUUAUAUGAUGAAAAACGAUGCAGUAACGAAUGAGAUUCGAAAUUUCAAAAUUUUGACAGCAUAAAACCCGUUGGCGAACAUAAGCGAGAGAAAGAGAGAGAGAGAGAGACCCUUUUCAUCUCCACUAUUUGAAAAGUUUAACAAAAAAAAAACAUUACUGUAGGAAUGCCUUACUCACAGUGCCUGACAAUAUUUGUGUACGUAUAUAUCUUGUUCGUUAUGUCUUAAACAGAAAACAAAUGGACACACAAUAUAACACAACAGACUCUGUAAUACACACACACGCGCCAUUAUAAUCGAUGUGUCUAAACAAAAAUGUCACAAGUCACUUAAGUAUGAUGAUACACACUCUUAACUCUAAGCCAAUUGCGCAUGUGCGUGAUUGGUCGAUGGGCGUGGUCUCGACGAGAAGCGCCACCGCCUCCGAACCGAACCGCUGCUUGUGCCUUCUCGCCUUUUACAACUUUUACCUGAUUCGUUCGUACGCACGCGCGAGCUAGAUCCAAACGACACUCACGCCCCCAUCGACGUAAACGUAAAACAAUGAAUGUCAUCCACCACACAAUACACUACACACUGAGAAAUUCACCUCCGCCGCAACCCAACACACACGUUUCUAGAUGUCAAGUGCAAAUUCAGUAUUGUUACAUGCGACACCCGGCAUGCGGCAAGACGAUGGUGUUAAGAUGUUGAAAACAAUGUUACAUUAAUUAACGAGCAUGCGUAAUGGUUUGUGUUCUGAUUGGAUUGCGCGAUUUCGUAUCGUCCGCGAAUUAGGUUAUAACUAUAUAGGUAUAUAACACAUAUAUAUCAUUGACUCUUUGUACAUAGUUUAUCAUUAUAUCCGAGGAAGUAAGUUUUUGUAACUCUUAAACAACGGACGUACCAAAAUUUCUCUUUUCUAAAUGUUAUCUACGAUUUUAAGUUUGCGAAACUGUGUGCUAUAUUAGGUUUUUAGGUUAGAAACUGACAGUUUUUACGUUUGCGUCAUACGUUGAUCCAUCCGCUUGUUGUAAGAAAAAUGUCGAUACUGAUUUUACACGGACCACCAAAAACCCACUUAACUCUGCAAACCUGUAAACUAAUUAUUGUAUGAGAUUAUAUAAAAAAAAACAAUGUAAAACAAAGCGAACCUGGCUUCCAAUUUGCACCACGAGAACAAGAAGAAAAAGACAUAUAGAUCUGUUAUAAUCUGUCCAAGGAAACACAAUUGAAUUGUAUAUUCAUGUUAUAUUAAUAUUUAAAGAGAAACACUGAUUCGUGUGCGGUGAACAAGUGCAAUAUACGUGAAGUCAUUAUAGAUGGCGCGCCGAUCUCUUCUCUUCUGUACGAACAUCUCGGGGGUGUUCGACUGGCCGAGCGCAUGAUUUCAGUUUGCGUUGUUUUUCUUUUUCUAAUUUAGUUUGUUUUCAGUUUUUGUAAGAUUUGUAACGUUUGAAUGAUGCUUGUACACCUUGUAGUUUCACACACACGAGUAUGAGAUGUGCGCAUGCGCGAGGAGAUGUCAGAUGGUUUUGACACAUACUUUUGUUCCGUACAUUAAUUCUCCUAAUUUUCGAUAAUUUAAUCAACGUGCAAUAUCUAAUGGCGAUGUGUCGACGAGAUGAUCAUGAUGAUGAGAUGUAUUAAAUUUUAGACCAAAUAAAUACUGUUUGUUACAUUUA